GUUGCUUUGUUGUCGUACGUAAGCUGACAGCGGAACUGAAUAAUCGAGAGGCUGUCUACCAGAAACCAACACAACAAGAUGGAGGUGGAGCAGCUCCUGUCGCUGUCAGGCUCAGCACUGGCCCAGGCUGUCAGCUCUCUGCUGGAGACCCCAGGCCUCUACGUCUUCUCUGACAUCCUGGAGCUGCCUAAUGUCAGAGAGCUGGAGAAUGGCCCUCAUGCACCAGUGUACCAGCUCCUCAACCUCUUUGCCUAUGGAACCUACUGCGACUACAAAGAGAGAGCAGCCUCUCUUCCGGAGUUGACCCCCGCACAGAGAAACAAACUCCGCCAUCUGUCCAUCAUCAGCCUGGCGUCCAACCUCAAGUGCCUGCCGUACUCGCUGCUCCUGCAGCAGCUCGAGCUGAAGAAUGUGCGGGAGCUGGAGGACCUGCUGAUCGAGGCAGUUUACUGUGACAUCAUCCAGGGUAAACUGGACCAGAGGAACCAGCAGGUGGAGGUGGACUGCAGCGUGGGUCGUGACCUGGGCCCCAACGAGCUCCCAAACAUAAUCAACACGCUGCAGGAGUGGUGUACAGGGUGUGAGGCAGUGCUGUGCGGUAUUGAGGAGCAGGUCUCGAGGGCAAAUCAAUACAGAGAGAGCCAGUUAAAGGUCAAAGUCCAAGUGGAAACAGAGGUCUCAAACCUACAGAAAACAUUAAAGGCCAGCGCCGCCUCUCCGUCGCCAGGCCCUGCUGGAGCCGCCUCCAAUCAGGACGCAGACCAGCCUGCAGAGCCACGAGACCCCGCCUCCUCUCAGGAACCACGACAACCAGGCAAAAAAAGUUCAAAGGUGAAAGGGCUGCGUGGCAGUGGGAAGAUCUGGUCCAAGUCCAACUGAAGACAAGAGACUGAGAUAUGGAGACAGCUGCACUAAUGGACACUCUCACUGAUUAACGGACACGUGGACAUGUUGACGGACAAACGGACACAUUCAACAACGUUCAGAACAAUGUUCUCGGACACUCUUGUCACAUACACUCGCCACCAUUAAACCAGGAAGCUUCAUGGGAAUUUUUCUCGUCACCAAAUCUCACCAUGAUGGAUUCAGAAACACACACUGGCUGAUUGAAUUGACAGGUGUGACAUCCACUCUUCUUUUGCAGUUCUUCAAUAGCCCAACAGGUGGACUGUCAGUGUAUACACACACAAACACACACACACACACACACACACAGCACUUGUAACACAUCAAGACAGAAACAGUCUGCAGUCAGUUGCCUUUGACCAGAAACAGGUUCAGCGUAUUUGAUGCGUAUGUGUGUAUCGUUGGUUUAAAAAUGUUCUUUUGGUUUAGAUUAAUUCUAUGUUGCUUUGUAUUUUUUUUUCUCUCUGCUGAGUUGAGACAUGUAUAAAAUCUGAAUAUAAAUUGUCGGGAAAUAAAACGAAGCCCUG